UUGAAUAAAAGUUGCUCAUGGCUCCUACCUUCCCUAGCGCUAGCAGUAGCAAAAACAUGGUGAGAAAAACAACUCUAUUUUUCUGUACAAUUAAGCAUGUAUUUUCAUCCAUAAUGAAAAAGCCAUCUUUUUGCCACCAGACGCCAACUUUCUUCUGCUCAUGUCCGUCAAGUACUUCAACUCUUGUAGCUCUAAGCUCCGAUGGUCUCCUAUCAGAAGCCUUAUUUGAAAUGGCCAAACAAGGCCUUGAAGUGAAAUUCAAGGAAUACGAUACUCUGUUAAACAAAUGUAUAAGCCAAAGGGCUAUAAGAGAAGGCCAAAGAGUACAUACCCACAUGAUCAAAACCCAUUAUCAACCUCCAGUGUACCUCAGGACAAGGCUGAUCGUUUUCUACCUAAAAUGUGAGCUUUUAGAUGAUGCUAGGUGGGUGUUUGAUGAAAUGCCCGAGAGAAAUGUUGUUUCUUGGACUGCUCUUAUUUCUGGGUAUUCUCAGAAAGGGUAUGUCUCUGAAGCUCUCCAUCUUUUUGUUCAGAUGUUGAGAUCAGGUACUGAGCCAAAUGAGUUUACAUUUGCAACCGUGCUUACAUCAUGUAUUGGUGCCUUAGACUAUUACGGUCAAGACAGCGAGAUGGCGAGGCAAAGUCAAAAAGGGAACGGGAAAACCAGAGAGCAGAGAGAGAAUGAGACUGGAGAGUCGAGACUGGUGCAAAGCUUGUAUCUCCAAAUGAUAUACCCAGUAAGCUCUCAAUCUGAAGCUGCUCUGCAUGGUUUCUCCUUCACAGCUCUACCAUUAGAUGGAGCAGCUAGGCCAACCAGCACAGAGUUCCAUGGAUUUCACAAAUACAGCCUUCUAAGAAUAUGCAAAGUAGUUCAAAAGCCAAUAGCUAGUUUCCUAAAGCAGCAUAUAUAUUAA